AUGCCUUCUGAGGAAAAUAUAAGCCAAGAUUUGAUGCCUCUGCUGAAUGAGACUUUAAAUAUUUUAUUAAAUUUCAACAAUUUGGGAUAUUCUCGUCAUGCUGACUUUGUAACUAUCAUCUUUGUCCUGGCUUAUGUGGCGGUGUUUGUUCUGGGAAUUCUUGGAAAUGCGUUCGUCAUUGGAAUCGUUUGGAGGCUGAAGAGGAUGAGGACAGUAACCAAUUAUUUUCUUGCAAAUCUGGCAAUUGCGGAUUUACUGGUCAUUAUCUUUUGCAUUCCAGCAACUCUGACUAGCAAUGUGGUAACACCUUGGAUUCUGGGUCUGUUUCUGUGCAAAGCUGUUGCCUAUCUUCAAGGAGUGUCCGUGUGCGCUUCCGUCAACACCUUGGUAGCCAUUUCUGUUGACCGGUUUCUAGCGAUUUGUUAUCCGAUGACGUGGCAAAUAACUUCUCGUGGAUGCCGCUUUAUCAUCACCACCAUCUGGAUAUUCAGCCUCACUUUGACUUUGCCAUGGAUGGUCUAUUUUCGUCUCAUCCUCAUUGGCAAAACAACAGAAAAUGACAAUCUCUACGUUUGCCGUGAGAUUUGGCCAUCAGAGCAGAUGGGAGUGAUUUACUUCAUAGUGGCCAAUCUGAUACUUUGCUACUUAUUUCCAUUAUGUGUCAUCCUUAUGUGUUAUGGCUUCAUAUGGAUCAAAGUAUGGAAAAGGGAAUUACCCGGCGAAGGCGAGCACAAUAAUGGCUUGGUCCAUAGGUCAAAGGUGAAGGUCAUCAAGAUGCUGUUUGUUGUGGUUCUGGUGUUCAUGGGAUCUUGGUUGCCACUCUAUGCCAUCUUUACCAGAAUCAAAGUUGGAGAUCCAUACCCAGAGAAUAGUUUUGAGGAAUUUGUUAUACAAGUUUCUGCACCUAUUGCCCAAUGGCUUGGAGCUUCAAAUAGCUGCAUAAAUCCGGUCUUGUAUGCGUUUUUCAACACAAAACUACGAUCAGGCUUCAAGGCAGUGCUGUUUGGUAAAAAGCCAUGUUGCCACUCUAAUGUUGGGAACACUGUAAAGAUGUCAAGCAGGAAGACUACAUCUGCUAAAGGCAUAACUGGAAAUUCAGGCAAAAAGAACAGCACAAAGGAAAAUGCUAUUUAG